AAAAAAAAAAAAAGAAGAAGAGAGGAUUGCAUAAUUUUCUACUUGUUAAGAGUGAGUUCUUGCAUGAGAUGUUUAGAGAUCAAUAUUUUGUACUACGUUAAUUUGUGAAGACCACGAAUAAUGCCUUUCGGAUUAGUCUCUGCCUGGAACAAACGUAGAAGAAGCAAGUCCGAAGAACAGAUCAAUCCUUGGACAUACAAACCUGUGGAACACUGGCAGAUAGAAUACAAAAAACCACCGGCAAAAAGGCGAAAUGCAUCAGCAGUAUUUACACUCAAAGAGAUGGAUGAGGCUACGUGUUCUUUUAGUGACGAAAAUCUGCUCGGAAAAGGAGGAUUUGGUCGAGUAUAUAAAGGCACUCUAAAGUCUGGUGAGGUUGUGGCAAUCAAGAAAAUGGAGCUACCUCCAUUCAGGAAAGCAGAAGGGGAGAGAGAGUUUCGUGUGGAGGUCGAUAUUUUGAGCAGAUUAGAUCAUCUGAAUCUCGUGAACUUAAUUGGAUAUUGUGCAGAUGGGAAGCACAGAUUUCUGGUAUACGAAUAUUUGCACAAAGGGAACCUGCAAGAUCACUUGAACGGAAUUCGAGAAGUAAAGAUGGAUUGGCCUUUGAGGCUCAAAGUAGCUAUUGGGGCAGCAAGGGGGCUUGCGUACCUCCACUCGGGUUCUGAUGUUGGGAUUCCUAUUGUUCAUAGAGACUUCAAAUCCACCAAUAUACUUCUUGAUGACAACUAUGAAGCAAAGAUAUCAGAUUUCGGGCUAGCGAAGUUAAUGCCUGACGGCCAGGAGACUUGCAUGACGGCUACUGUACUUGGAACUUUCGGCUAUUUUGAUCCUGAAUAUACAUUGACAGGAAAACUCACUCUCCAAAGUGACGUCUAUGCAUUUGGAGUUGUUCUACUCGAGCUUUUGACAGGAAAACAAGCAGUCGACCUGAACCAAGGACCAAACGAUCAAAACUUAGUAGUCCAGGUCAGGAAUAUACUCAAUGACAAGAAGAAACUGAAAAGGGUGAUUGAUCCUGAAAUGGGAAGGGGAUCAUAUACAAUGGAGUCGAUAGCCAUGUUUGCAAACCUAGCUUCACGAUGUGUACGAGUUGACAGUCAAGAGAGGCCUUCCAUGAUGGAAUGCGUGAAAGAACUUCAAAUAAUAAUGUACAUCAAUUCUAAAGGACUGGGAAUGACAAUGCAUGCACUCAGGAUGAUGUGAAACCACUGGGAUUCAGUAUUUUGCUCUCAAAACAAUAUUUUUAGUAUGAAAGUUAUUGAUGUUUGUUAAGAAUCUCAGACACAUCAGAGAUGUUGAUGUGCUAGUAGAGACUAAUGAAGGUUCAAGAUGGCUUAGUUUUUCUCAGUAAUGUAAAAGCGAUAAGAAAAAAGAGUAACAAUUUAAGACUAGGACAUACUCUGAGAUCCCAUCAUACUCUCAGCAUGCAAUGUUCAAACGCACAAAUGGAAUUAAUACACACAAAAUAACACAAAUGUGUGUAGGAGUAUGUAACUUUUAGUAUUUGUAUAACAUCUUAGUUGAUUAUAAAUGUACAAAGAUAGUUUCAGAAAUUGUAACUUUAUAAGUAGGUCAAGCAAUG